AUUGACAUUUGGCUCUUGGAUAUGGGAAACCACUAUAUAUAAUAGGUCACUGCUCUUAUAGUGAUCAUUCAGGGUUAGAAAAGUAGCACUAUAAGUAGUUGAUUAUGCUGUGAGAGACAAUUAAUCUUGAGUUUCCUACUUGGUGAUCAAUAUCAAAACGUAUCUGUUUUUUAUUUUGAUGGUUCAAAAUAUUAAAGGAUCUCAAACUUAACGUGGCAGAUUCUUGAGAUUUGGCUAGCUCAUCCUGAAGGGGCAUUCCUUUGCAUCAUUCACUUCUUGAUUGAGUUGUUAUUCAAGGUUUAGGAUAUCAUGGAUGAAAAUGGUAGUUCAAGUAAUGCUCCCAAGAACAAGAGAAACCUGCCAGUCUCAGUUUUCUUCAAAGAUGCAAGACAUGUUUUCAAGAUGGACUCACUUGCCAAGGAGAUUCUUGGGAUUGCUUUCCCAUCUGCAUUGGCUGUUGCUGCUGAUCCCAUUGCUUCUCUUAUAGACACUGCAUUCAUAGGCCACUUGGGGCCGGUGGAGCUUGCUGCUGCAGGAGUUUCCAUUGCUUUGUUCAACCAAGCUUCAAGAAUUACCAUCUUCCCUUUGGUUAGCAUCACAACUUCCUUCGUGGCUGAGGAAAAUACUAUAGAAAAAAUCAAUAAUGCAGCAGCAGCAGAAAAGCAGUGCAACGAAAGCAUCAAGGCCAAGUCCAAUCCCGAUGAUCAUUUGAUUCAAGACAUAGAGAAAGGUGCAUCCAAAGAGAAUAAUGAGACUCCAACAGAAUCUUCAGCUGCAAGAGGUGGCACAAACGAGAAUGUGGAAAUGGAUGAUAGCAAUACAAAUAUAUGCAAGUCUACCUCUGCCACUAGUGGUAGUAACAAGAGUGUGUCAAAAGCUGGAAGGAAGAAAAGACACAUUGCUUCAGCAUCAACAGCAUUACUUUUUGGAACAAUCCUUGGUCUCCUUCAAGCUGCAACUCUUAUAUUUGCAGCCAAACCUCUACUAGCUGCAAUGGGUCUGAAACCUGAUUCUCCUAUGCUAAAUCCAGCUGUUAAGUACUUGAGAUUGAGAUCAAUAGGUGCUCCUGCAGUUCUUCUCUCCUUGGCAAUGCAAGGAAUCUUUAGAGGAUUCAAGGACACUACAACUCCUUUAUAUGUUAUUGUUUCGGGGUAUGCAUUGAAUGUGGUUUUGGAUCCAAUUCUUAUCUUCUACUGCAAAUUGGGCAUCAGAGGUGCAGCCAUUUCACAUGUGCUCUCUCAGUACGUGAUGGCAUUGGCCUUGUUGUUGAUAUUAAUGAGAAAAGUGGAUCUCGUACCUCCAAGUAUGAAGGACUUGCAGAUUUUCAGGUUUCUUAAAAACGGAGGAUUGUUGUUGGCCAGAGUAGUGGCAGUGACAUUCUGCCAAACCUUGGCAGCAUCAUUGGCAGCAAGGUUUGGCCCAGUUCCUAUGGCUGCAUUCCAAACCUGCUUGCAGGUGUGGCUUACAUCUUCCCUUCUUGCUGAUGGUUUGGCAGUUGCUGUUCAGGCAAUUCUAGCUUGUUCAUUUGCUGAGAAAGAUUAUGAAAAGGUGCUUGCUACUGCAACACGAACACUGCAAAUGAGUUUUAUUUUAGGAGUUGGACUCUCUCUUGCUGUUGGAGUUGGAUUAUACUUUGGAGCUGGAAUCUUCUCCAAAAGUGUUCUUGUUGUGCACUUGAUCAGAAUAGGCCUCCCGUUUGUUGCUGCCACACAACCAAUCAAUUCAUUAGCCUUCGUCUUUGAUGGUGUGAACUAUGGGGCAUCUGAUUUUGCAUAUUCUGCAUACUCCUUGGUCACAGUGUCACUAGCAAGUGUUGCUUCAUUGUUUCUUCUCUCUAAAAGCAAAGGUUUUGUUGGGAUCUGGAUUGCACUAACCAUCUAUAUGAGUCUUCGCAUGUUUGCUGGUAUCUGGAGGAUGGGAACCGGAACAGGACCAUGGCGUUUUCUGAGAGGUCGUUCAAUGUCUUGAAGAUGACAUCUAACAAAAGAAAAUUUGUUGUUGGGCAGCAAAUGUUUUGUACCACUUUUCACCAUUUAGGAUCAAUUGUCUUUUUCCAAGACAUCAUUUCAGCUCUCUACUAUGGUCAUAGUCUUAUUAUAUAUUCAAGGCUCCAUUUACACGUCCAAGUCUAUAUUAAAAGUAUCGUUCUUCUUUCUUUUUUUUUUUCUUUCUUUAUUGGCCUCUGUUUAGUGUAUCCUCUGCUCAUUGUCAUAUUUUGUCGCAUUUAGAAGAUUCUUCUUCCUAUUAGUAUGUAACCUUUGAGUGCAUGUAUACAUAUGAGAAAAUAAAUUACUUUUCCAUCUUUUUGAGUUCCA